CCUAGCUAGAGCGCAUUUCUUCCUCGAUUUCCAUUCCAUGGCGCCGCAUCGAAGGAGCAGCGGCGGCGGUAGCGGUGGAGGAGGCGGCGCCGCGGCCAAGCAGCAGCGCAGCAUUGCGUCUUUCUUUUCUCCCGCUGCUCCAUCGCCAGCGGCAAAGAAGGUUUUGGUGAUCAAUGAUGCGACUAUCGCUGCUAGUAAUCCAGCUUUGUCACCGAAAACUCAUGAUCGACAAGAAGAAGAUACUGGAAAAAACGAUAGAACUGCGGUAACAGCACCAAAUGAGGAAAGAGAUGAUGAGAAAAGCAAAGAGUCUCCGCUAAAGAGGCCGGCGGAUGACAAUGUAUGUGGAAGUCCUCCAGCGGAGUCUAGUAAAUCACUCAAAAGACUGAAGCAGAAGGUCGUUUUGGAAGAUGGUGACGACGAGGAGUUCCUUGAGAAGAUGGAUUUGGAGAACAGUCAUUGUGGAAAAACUCGAAGAAGUUCUUCUGUUUCUUCAGCAGGUGCAGCAGUCAAAACGUCGGAUGGUUUGGGAGCUCCGAGGAAAAGGCUGAGAAAGAAGUACGUGGUGGCUUCUUCAGACGAUGAUAGUGGCUGUGAAGUGAAAGGUGCCGAUGUCAAAGAAAAACGAACGAUGGAGGACGAAGCGACGAUCGGAGAAAUUCCGAAAGAAGAUACCAGACAGCGAGCUGAAGAACUCGAAAAAAUUACACGGUUCAAAGAGGAAACUGUUCGGCAGAUAGAACCUGCCACAACGAGAGCGGAUGAGUGUUGUGAGGCCGAUCGCUCACUACUGCUGAGUGGUGAAGCACUUGAACGUUUUGGCGGUCGAAUCUCAAGAAAAUUCAGCUUUCUUGGCAAGAACCGCAAGGAUUCUUCAGGAAGGCGCCAUGACUGGCCAAAUUUUGAUUCUCGAACACUUUUUUUGCCGGCCGAGUUUGUGAAAGGGCUCACAGGAGGCCAGAGGCAAUGGUGGGAAUUCAAGGCCAAACACAUGGAUAAAGUUCUUCUUUUUAAGAUGGGGAAGUUCUACGAAAUGUUUGAGAUGGAUGCACAUGUUGGAGCUCAAGACCUUGAUCUGCAGUACAUGAAGGGUGAGCAGCCGCAUUGUGGCUUCCCGGAAAAGAAUUAUUUUGAGAAUGUAGAGAAGCUAGUUCGAAAGGGGCAUCGAGUGUUGGUGGUGGAGCAAACGGAGACACCAGAACAGCUUGAAGAACGCAAGAGAAAAACGGGCAGCAAAGACAAGGUUGUAAGACGUGAAAUAUGUGCGAUCAUAACUAAGGGAACCAUGGUGGACUCUGGUAUGAUUAGUGACAAUGCGGAGCCCUCCUUCCUUGCUGCAGUAACAGAGAAGGCGGACAAUUAUGGAGGUUCUUUGGUCGGACUUUGCGUGGUAGAUGCCUCCAGGGCUUUAUUUAUGCUCGGUCAGGUCGAGGAUGACUCCGCAAGGACGAAACUCAGAUCUAUAUUGACAGAACUGAGGCCUGUCGAACUAGUCUUGCCGCUUGGCUUGCUGACGGACGCUACUCAAAAGGCCUUACGCGAACAAACAAGAAAACCAUUGAUCAGUCAACUUGUACCUUCAAAAGAGUUCUGGGACGCUGAACAGACAACCAAAGAGAUUCGCACCAGUUAUGGAGCUUCAGACGUGAUGCCUACCGUUCUUCAAAAAAUUCUCGAGCUUGGUGUUUCGUCAGAACCAGUUUUAUCUGCUUUUGGGGGCUGCAUUUGUUACUUGAGGCAAUCGCUUCUUGAUGGUCAGCUCCUCCAGCUUGGGAGGUUCGAGUUGCUUCCAGGAUCGGACCUGUCAUUCGAACAUUCAGCCGCUAUUCCUGAAGCCGCAGAAGCUCACAUGGUACUUGACAGUGCUGCUUUGGAUAACUUGGAAAUAUUGGAAAACUCUUCCAAUUGUGGAGUGGCAGGGACUCUUUUGUGUUUACUCGACCACUGCAUAACACCAUUCGGAAGACGUCUAUUGAAGCAGUGGAUUGUCAGGCCUCUUUGCAAUAUUGAAUCCAUUGUGCAACGGCAAAAUGCCGUCGUAGAUAUGCAGGGUGUGGCGGAAAAUGCAGUUUCAGAAUUUCGACGGGAGCUCUCUGGUAUUCCGGACCUUGAAAGACUUCUAGCUCGACUCAGUGCAAACAGUGGGGAAAAUGGGAGGCAUUCGCAGAAGGUUGUGCUGUAUGAAGAUGCUGCAAAGAAGCAGAUCAAGGAACUCGUUGCGGCACUUCGGGGCUUUCAGAAACUUGUCAAAGCUGUAUCUUGUUUCGGCAAUUGUCUGCCGCAGCUCAAAUCAGCUCGCCUGCGGUCUUUAUUGACCUUUGGGAAAGGAUUUCCUGAUUUGAAGCCUCUUCUGCAGUAUUUUGAGGAUUCCUUUGACUGGUCGGAGUCAGAAGCAAAUGGUCGAGUAACCGGUGGUGAUCAUAGCAACUUAUCGGCAUCUGAUCCCAGAGAAAAACUCGAGAGCUACCUGAAGAGCCAGCAAAAGUUUUUCAAAAAUCCAGAGCAGAUUUCUUACGUGACUGUUGGGAAGGAUACUUACCUGCUUGAGAUACCCGAAGAGCUGCAUACUAAAGUGCCUUCAGAUUACGAACUUCGCUCGUCUAGAAAGGGUUUCUGUCGAUACUGGACACCAAGGGUGAAAGAGCUGUUGCAAGAGCUUAGCCUUUGUGAAAACGAGAAGGAAGCUGCUCUGAGAGGCAUACUCCAAACUCUUACUAAGCGCUUUUGUGACGAUCACGAUCACUGGCUCUCUGCUAUUCGAGCUGUUUCUGAAUUGGAUGCUCUUAUGAGCAUAUCGUCUGCCCGGUUGCACAUGGAUGGAAUGACGUGCUUGCCAACGUUUGUCCCAGCAAGUCAACUUGCAAAGCCGGUUUUUAGAGCCAAAGCCUUACGACAUCCUAUAGUGGCUGUUAGUACUGCUGCAAGCACUCCUUUUGUUCCGAACGAUGUUGUUCUCGGUGGCGGAAGCAAUCCAGAGGUUAUGCUUUUGACAGGGCCCAAUAUGGGUGGCAAGUCGACUUUGCUUCGUCAAGUAUGUCUGGGAAUGAUACUCGCACAGAUUGGUUCAGAGGUUCCAGCUGAGUCGCUCGAGCUUUCCCUUACGGAUAGAUUAUUCGUUCGUAUGGGAGCCAAGGAUCAAAUCAUGACAGGUCAAAGCACAUUCUUGAUUGAACUACUGGAAACCGCUGUUAUGCUGCGCUGUGCAACUCAAAACUCGUUUGUGGCUCUGGACGAGCUUGGACGUGGAACAGCAACCUCAGACGGCCAAGCUAUAGCGCACGCCGUGCUCCAUUAUCUAGCACACAACGUCCAAUGUCGGGGAAUGUUUUCUUCUCACUACCACAAACUUGCAAGCGAUUUUGCGAAUGACCCUUCCGUGUCUUUGUGCCAUAUGGCAUGCAAGGUUGGAGGUGGAAAUAACGAGCUGGAAGCAGUAACAUUCCUCUACAAACUCACUUCUGGCUCUUGCCCGAAGAGUUAUGGCGUCAACGUCGCACGAAUAGCAGGAAUGCCAGAGAGCGUGUUGCGCAGAGCCGCACUACAGUCUGCCAAACUCGAGAAAGAAGUGGAAUCUCACUGUCACGAAGCGGACGUCAUCAAAACCAUCCUCGAUGCCUCUGUUGACAGUGCGGAACAACUUCGCACGGCUUGGGAGAAGGCAAAACUUAUAUAAGCAUGAAGCCGGGUUUGCAAUGGGAUUUGGACGCCCAAGCUUUGAGGAAUUGCGCUAUGGCCAGGGGAGCAUCGAGAACAGGUUUUUACAAGGAUUUUAUGCGGGAGCUAUUUUCUUACGGCAAUAUCGCAAGUUUUCCAUUGGAGGAAUCCUAGCAAAAUAUGUGGUGGCUAUGUUGAUUUUUGGCAGCGAUGAGGGAGAAAGAAUAGUGGUGCCAAGUUCGAUUGCAAUGCAUUUGUUCACGCGAUUGACCGGUUGAUGGAGACAAAUGGUCUGUAACAAGGAUCGAAUGUCCACUGCUUGACAAAGCUGAUGUAAGUUUCAUCCGCUUUCUUGGAAAAAGGUUGAUUGAUCACCUGA